UGUUUUUUGACAUUGAAAUUUAGACACAUGGCCGAUAAAAAACCCGAAAGUUUUAAAAUCCUGCCCAAGAUCAUAAAUGGCGGAAUAGCGGGUAUAAUUGGAGUUUCGUGUGUAUUUCCCUUGGAUUUGGUUAAGACACGUCUACAAAAUCAACAAAUUGGUCCAAAUGGCGAGCGAAUGUACAGCAGCAUCUUCGAUUGCUUUCGCAAGACAAUUGCUUCGGAAGGUUUCUUUGGCAUGUAUCGCGGUUCGGCAGUGAAUAAUUUACUCAUAGCACCCGAGAAGGGCAUCAAGUUGGCAACCAAUGAUUAUUUUCGAUAUCGUUUGGCCUCGGAUGAUGGCAAAAUCACACUUCCCAAACAGGCUUUGGCCGGUGGAUUGGCGGGGGCACUUCAAAUAAUUGUGACCACACCCAUGGAGCUGUUGAAAAUUCAAAUGCAAGAUGCUGGACGCAUAGCCGAUUCGUCCCAGGCAUCCGACAAGAAAGUGAAAAAGUUAACAGCAUCUCAAAUAGCAAAGCAGCUUUUGAGAGAAAAGGGUAUCAUUGGUUUGUAUAAGGGAGUGGGCGCCACUGCGGUGAGGGAUAUAACCUUUUCGAUAAUAUAUUUUCCAUUAUUUGCAACCAUUAAUAAUGAGGGACCUCGAAAAGCGGAUGGCUCCGGCGAAGCAGUGUUCUACUGGUCGUUGAUCUCGGGUUUAGUAGCUGGUAUGUCUUCAGCAUUGUUGGCCACGCCUCUGGAUGUGAUUAAGACACGUGUGCAGGCCAUUAAAAAAGCCGAUGGGGAAAAGGAAUUCGAAGGAAUUAUCGACUGCAUUAACAAGACCAUGAAACAUGAGGGGAUUACGGCAUUUUUUAAAGGCGGCUUGUGCCGAAUGAUGGUAAUAGCUCCACUCUUCGGCAUUGCUCAAAUGGUCUACUUCUUGGGUGUGGGUGAACGUUUGCUAGGCAUAGAGCAAAAAAAAUCUGUGUAA